UAAGUCAUUCGUUUUCAUGAAAAAUGAACGGUGAAAAUUGCUAAAAUUGCAAGCAAAUUGGAAUUAUUUAGCGUUUUGUCUGAAAACAAAAAUAUCUUCAUUAUAUUGCAUUGAGAACAGUAAACAUGGCGUCUCUAGAUCUUUUAACACCACAUUUGGAUAAAAUCAAAAUACCAACAUCUCAGCAAUUGGUUUACAAAGAUGAAUGUGUAUAUUCGUUCGACAACCCGGAAUCUGAAACGGGUCUGUACGUGUCGCUGACAUCAUUCCUUGGUUUCGGCCGCAACUACGUCGAGCAGUACUUUCAAAAAACCGGUAAUGCUGUGUUCUUGCACAUUACCAGGGAGAAGAAACCAAUCCCCGAACCGGAACAAACUGGUGAUGGACCGGAGAAGAAGAUCACGCGUUUGGCGAUCGGCGUGGAGGGUGGAUUCGAUCCCGACUGCGGCAAGCCAAAGUACACCUACACAGACCACUACAAUGUGGUCGUGUUGCCAGGCUUCCAGAGCUAUCCGUGGCCGAAUGAUGCGUUGCCUGAAGUGAUAAAGAAGUCUGUGCAAGGAAUAUUAGAUGCAGAAUCGCCAUUCAAAAUAGCUGAAAUGCAAGCAUUACAUGGCACUUGGGAUGGUGAAAAGCGAGAAGUCUCUGUCCAUGCUGUAAAUUUGCUUCAAUUGGAUAACGGAAUAAAGAUACCGCCCUCUGGAUGGAAGUGCGAAAAGUGCGAUCUCACCAACAACCUCUGGUUGAAUCUCACGGAUGGAUCCAUACUGUGUGGACGUCGAUUCUUUGAUGGUUCCGGUGGUAAUGACCAUGCGGUGGAACAUUACCGCCAAACGGGCUACCCUCUAGCAGUAAAGCUGGGUACUAUAACAGCGGAGGGCAAAGGUGACGUGUUCUCGUACGCUGAAGACGAUAUGGUUGAGGAUCCGUUUUUGGCAGAUCAUUUGAAGCACUUUGGCAUAAAUGUGCAGCAGUUGCAGAAGACGGAAAAAUCAAUGGCCGAGUUGGAACUAGAGUUGAACCGUCGUACGGGCGAAUGGAAUACACUACAAGAGAGCGGCAGUGAGUUGCGGCCCUUGCACGGCCCGGCGCUCACCGGCCUCAAUAACUUGGGCAACUCGUGCUAUAUCAAUAGUGUGCUGCAGGUAAUGUUCCGUAUGCCAGAUUUUGUGCGUCGCUUCGUCGAGGGUGCUCCGGAAAUAUUCGCCACCUUCCCAGAAGAUCCUGUCAAUGAUUUCAAUGUACAAACCGCGAAAGUGGGAGUGGGCCUCAUAUCCGGUCGCUACUCGUUCCCCGGCGAAGUGGACGGCAGCCAGCAGGGCAUCUCCCCGCACAUGUACCGGCAGCUCAUCGGCAAGGGCCACCCGGAGUUCAUGACCAAGCGGCAACAGGAUGCGCACGAGUUCUUCCUGCACUUCCUUACUUUGUUGGAGCGCAACAGCCGCCAUCGCGUCAACCCGUCCGAGUGCAUGCGUUUCGCGGUAGAAGAGCGUGUACAGUGCACGGAAUCACGUGGAGUGAGAUACACUCGUCGUGCUGAACACCAUCUACCAUUGCCAGUGCCGGUCGCAGCGGCUGAUAAUGUGCAGCAGCUGAGGGAAUACGAGAAACGCCGGGCGAACGCGGAAGCUAGCGGGCAGAGACUAGACCCAUCGGAAGUGGUCCGUCCGCACAUCCCGUUCCAGGCCUGUCUCGAGAGCUUCAUGAAGGAGGAGACCGUUGAGCAGUUCUUCAGCUCGGCCGUCAACAAGAAGGUCACUGCUAAAAAGAUUACCCGAUUGGCAACAUUCCCAGACUAUUUGCUGAUACAGUUGAAGAAAUUCACCAUCAAAGAAGAUUGGACACCCGCUAAGUUAGAUGUCGCUGUUGACAUGCCGUGGGAGGUAGAUCUAAGCUGUUUACGCGGAAGUGGCCUGCAGGCCGACGAGACGUUGUUACCAGAAACAGCGAAUGAAACACCUGCACCCGUGUUCGAUGAUAACUUGUUGUCGCAGCUUUUGGACAUGGGAUUCCCCGUAGAGGCUUGCAAGAAGUCGCUGUACUACACGAACAACUCGAGCAUGGAGGCGGCGUCCAACUGGCUGAUGGAGCACAUGACGGACUGGGACUUCGCCAACAAGUUCGAGCCGCCCGGCUCUAGGGCUUCCGAUGACGCAUCUGGAGUAGACGUGGACCCGGCCAGCGUGGAGCAGAUAACCAGCAUGGGUUUCACCAACACACAAGCUGCUAAAGCACUCAGAGCAACCGGGGGUGAUGUGGCCCGAGCACUGGACUGGAUCUUCAGCAGAGCUGACCAGCUGGAUGAGGAGCAGCCCGCUGCAGUGGAGAAUGAACGCUCGUUGGGAUGCAGGGAUGGACAGGAGAAAUACAAGUUGGUAGCGUUCAUAUCUCACAUGGGCACAUCGACGAUGGUCGGUCACUACGUGUGCCACAUCUUGCACGAGGGACGUUGGGUUAUAUUCAAUGAUAAUAAGGUCGCGCUCUCAGAGAAUCCCCCCAAGGACCUCGGCUACUUGUACCUGUACGAGAGACUGUGAUGCCAGGAACAAGGCGCGUCGCCUGACUUCGUCCGACAACUGCAAUGUCUUAGACUGCGCUAAAUUCACCACAUGCAGAUUUCACGGGAAGAAACACGGUUUAAAACCGUUAAAAUUAGAUUUAGUACACUAUUUGAUUGUGACAUUGGAAUAGGCUUAAGUUUUUUUUCGCUGAUUAUUUAUUUAUGAAUAAUGAGAUGUGUAUGAAUACUAUUUUUUUUAAUACGCUUUUUAUUAUUUUUGGAAUAGAUUCUGCGUUGUGUAAUUGUUACAAGUCGAUAAUUACCCAGUUCAUGAUAAAUACUAAAUAGUAAGAAAAUUU